GCGAGCACAACGUCACUGGUAGCGGACUCCGCCUGCACUCACGGUCCACUAACGAGAGCAUGCUGGAACGACGGGUAUAGCAUUGCCACCGACUUCGAUAUCAAGUUUCCGGUGACCGGCAACACAGUCUACUACAAUCUCGAGAUCACCAACGGAUCAUGCAAUCCGGACGGCUACGGCGCGAGAACCUGUCUGCUCGUUAACAAUGUGUACCCUGGUCCGGUCAUCCGAGCCACUUGGGGCGACAUGCUCAGCAUCACGGUGAAGAACUCCAUGCAGGACAAUGCCACUGCAAUGCACUGGCAUGGGCUCAGACAGUAUCAUUCGCCUGGCUACGACGGUGUUCCCGGCAUCACUGAAUGUCCGAUUGCACCAGGACAAUCCAUGACCUACAAUAUCCAGGUGACACAGUUUGGUACAAGCUGGUACCACUCCCAUUACUCGAUGCAGUACGGCGACGGAACACUGGGAGCGAUGGUAUUGGAAGGACCUGCGACCGAUAAUUACGACAUCGACCUUGGUCCGUAUGUUCUCAAUGAGUGGUACUACAAGACGGCGUACCAGAUGGAGGCUAUCGUAUCGAACAAUCUCCAGGUCGGACGCCCACCGCCCAACGCUGAUAAUAUCCUAAUCAACGGCACGAACAAGAACGCCAACGGUGGCGGCACCUAUAAUCAAGUUUUCAUUAAGAAGGGUAAGAAGUAUCGCCUUCGGCUCAUCAACUCGUCCGUGGAUAACCAGAUCUGGGUUUCACUUGACAAUCACACAAUGACAGUCAUGUCUGCCGACCUAAUUCCAAUCAAGCCUUACGACACCGAAACAAUACUCAUAGACAUCGGACAGCGCUACGACGUGGUCAUUCAUGCCAAUCAGGCUGCCGGGAACUACUGGUUCCGUGCAAAUGCUGCGACGUUCUGCCUAAGCGGCAACAACUUCUACGGCCGAGCCAUCUGGACGUACGACACAAUUGCACCCGCGACGCCCACUUCGCCAGCUUACGCCGCGCCGACCGUAUGCGGCGAAUCGAGCAAGAUUGCGCCGUACUGGUACCAGCCCGUACCGAGUGGCUCGUUCACAUCAGCACUGGACAAAGUCAACAUUAACCUCACACGGGUGGAGCAAAUACCGGGUGAGGGCAACGUCAUUGUCUGGGCGUUGAAUACAUCGUCGAUCAACGUGGACUGGGAGAAGCCAACGCUGCAGUACGUGAUGGACGGCAACACCAGCUAUCCGAGCAGCCUCAGCGUCGUGCCUACCCUGAGCGAAGGAGAGUGGAACUACGUCGUCAUUCAGCAGCUUCCAACCAGCCCGCCGCUUCCACACCCUUUCCAUUUACAUGGGCACGACUUCUUUGUACUUGGACAGGGAACGGGCACCUUCUCUGCCAGUACUUCGACGCUUAACUGGGAUACGCCGCCAAGGCGAGAUACAGCCACUGUACUGGGUGGAGGUUGGCUCGCCAUUGCCUUCAAUUCUAAUAACCCUGGCACCUGGUUAAUGCACUGUCACAUCGCGUGGCACAUCAGCGAGGGCUUGGGCCUGCAGUUUCUCGAGUCGCCCAGCAACAUA